AUGGUGUGCUCUGUUGAUUGUUUGCUUUUGUGUCUAUUUGCAGGUAUCGCCGGUCUCUUUACAUUCUUUUCCAGCUUCAUAUUCACCACAGCCAUCAUCAAGUUUUUGGGCAGCGAUAUAUCGGAUCUCAAGGAUGCGCUUUUCGUGCUGCUUUUGGUUAUCGAUUUAUCGAACUCGGGUCGAUUGGCACAGUUGGCGCUCUCAGGGAGCAACCAGGCAGAGGUCACACAGAAUAUAGCACGAGGCUUGGAGCUGUUGGGUCCAACCAUUUCACUAGAUACCAUUGUGGAGGUGCUGCUGGUGGGCGUGGGCACGUUGUCGGGUGUGCAACGACUGGAGGUGCUGUGCAUGUUUGCCGUACUGUCGGUGCUCGUCAACUAUGUGGUCUUUAUGACCUUYUACCCGGCCUGCCUUUCGCUUAUAUUUGAUCUGUCGCGCAAUGGCGUUGACAUUUCAGCCGUGCGAGAGCGCGCCAAGGGCUCAUUGCUGCUCAAAUCUCUCACCGAGGAGGAACAGAAGGCUAAUCCAGUGCUGCAGCGCGUCAAGCUCAUCAUGACCACCGGCCUGAUGAUUGUGCACAUCUACAGUCGGGUUGUGUUCAACAGCAGUGACUACGAUGCUGUGGAAAAGACACUUUCCCCACCGCUGAAUCUGAAUGUUAACAACAAUCGCACAGACUCUGGCGAAAUAACUGAUAUUAUUAUCAAAUGGCUAACAAUGAGCGCAGAUCACAUUGUCAUUUUCAUAGUCUUGAUUGCUCUUGUCAUCAAGCUUAUCUUCUUUGACCAUCGGGACACUUUGCCGAAUCAGCUGCAUCAAUCGACCACAGCAAAGGCCUCACAGACUACUCCACUGGAGGAGGAGCCAAAGCCGACCCCAAGCCACACGCCCCUGUUCAGUAUUGAGGAGCACAGCUCGAGAAAUGCAGCUACUCAGACCGACGUGGUAUCCGUGCGACAGCGUCUUACACCACCAGUCCGCCCACCACGUCCACUGCAGGAAUGCCUGAAAUUAUUAAAUUCCACCGACGAAUCGGAUGGCGUUAGCGGCGCCAGCGUUUUAAGUGAUGAAGAAAUCAUAGCCAUUAUUAAAGCUAGUGGAUCUCACUGCCCGCUCUACAAGAUUGAGUCAGUGUUGGAUGAUGCAGUSCGUGGCAUACGCAUUCGUCGUCAGUUAAUUGCUGARCGAGCCAAGUUGCCAAUGYCACGCCUGGAAGUGUUGCCCUAUGAACAUUUUGACUAUAGCAAAGUGAUGAAUGCCUGUUGCGAGAAUGUCCUAGGCUAUGUGCCGAUACCGGUUGGCUAUGCGGGUCCAUUGCUGCUGGAUGGAGAGACCUACUAUGUGCCCAUGGCCACAACGGAGGGUGCAUUGGUGGCAUCCACGAAUCGGGGCUGCAAGGCACUUUCUGUGCGCGGCGUUCGCUCUGUGGUGGAAGAUGUCGGCAUGACGCGUGCACCCUGUGUACGUUUUCCCAGUGUCGCCCGAGCCUCCGAAGCCAAGAAGUGGAUCGAGAGCCCCGAAAACUACGAAGUGGUCAAAACUGAGUUCGAUUCUACGUCCCGCUUUGGUCGCUUGAAGGAAUGUCAUAUAGCUAUGGAUGGACCCCAGCUUUAUAUACGUUUUGUGGCUCUGACAGGCGAUGCCAUGGGCAUGAACAUGGUGUCCAAGGGUGCGGAGAUGGCCCUGCGCUGCAUCAAGCGUCAAUUUCCCGACAUGCAGAUCAUUUCGUUGAGCGGCAACUUUUGCUGCGACAAAAAGCCCGCAGCAAUCAAUUGGAUAAAGGGACGUGGCAAGCGUGUUGUCACCGAGUGCACCAUUUCGGCWGCCACAUUGCGUUCAGUUCUGAAAACGGACGCCAAGACUCUGGUGGAGUGCAACAAGCUGAAAAACAUGUCGGGCAGCGCUAUGGCAGGCAGCAUUGGUGGCAAUAAUGCACAUGCGGCCAACAUGGUGACCGCAGUGUUCUUAGCCACCGGCCAGGAUCCCGCACAGAAUGUCACAUCCAGCAAUUGCUCCACGGCUAUGGAGUGCUGGAACGAGAAUAAUGAAGACCUUUAUAUGACCUGCACUAUGCCCUCGCUGGAAGUGGGCACCGUUGGCGGGGGUACUGGACUGCCAGGACAGGGCGCCUGCCUCGAUUUGUUGGGCGUGCGUGGGGCCCAUCCCACCCAUCCCGGCGACAAUGCCCGCAAGCUAGCACAAAUCGUUUGCGCCACCGUGAUGGCCGGCGAGCUGAGCUUAAUGGCGGCGCUGGUCAACAGCGAUCUAGUCAAGAGUCACAUGCGUCACAAUCGGUCAUCCAUUGCCGUCAGCAGCGCCAACAAUCCACUCAACGUGAGCGUCUCCAGUUGCAGUACAAUCAGCUAGAACUGACGCCACUUUUACCUCCCUGUACAUAGGCGCUCAGAUCGAGUGAGGCGAUCAAGUUAAAAAUAUUUUGUUGAAAAACGAAUGCUUACUGAAUUAAUGAUUAUAAUUAGAAGUGUAAUUAAUCAAUUGGCCAGGCCAAACAUCAGCAGCAGCACCAGUAGCAGCAUUAAGCGAUUGUUUAUAGCCAAAGCCAAAGCCUUUUGUGUCCGUAUGCGAUAAACAUAUUUGUUGUAAUUGUUCAAACUAGUAUAAUGUAUAACGCAGUCUGGGAUUCGAUGUUGUUGCAAUUUCCAUUUAGUUCAUACGAAUAUAUCUAUGUAUAUUAUAUAUAUACAUAUGUAGGUAUAUACAGUAUAUAUAUGUGUGUGCAUACGAUAAUGAGCCUAUUUUUUCUACAAAAAUAUUUCUAGUGCAAGCGCAAAAACUUGUAAAAAGUAUUCCUUAAGCGAAUUAGUGUUAGUGACUAAAGUUUAAAAAAAUUCAUGUUUUUUUAAUAGAUGAGACUAUAGAGGGUGCCAAGUGAAAUAAACACGGAAUGUUGUAAUUGA